AUUAGACGUUCGAAAUCAAAAACUGGAAGGGAUGAAGAGAAAUCAAAACUAUAGAUUUGGCUCUCUCAGUCACCAUCUCCGACGAUGGCGGAGAAACAAGUGCGGGAGAAGACGAUCCCUGUGUUCACUGUGCUGAAAAACGACGCCAUUCUCAAGAACAUAUUCGUCGUCAACAGUCGCGAUUUCUCGUCGCCGGAGAGAAACGGUAACGCUGAAGAUGAGGUAGAGCAGACUCUGAUCGUAGGUCGGCAUCCAGACUGCGAUAUUCUGCUGACGCACCCUAGCAUCAGCAAAUACCACCUCCAGAUCCGAUCUCUUCCCUCCCGUCAGAAACUCUUCGUCACCGAUCUAUCCUCUGUGGAUGGGACAUGGGUUAGGGAUGAGAAAGUUGAGGCAGAUGCUUGCGUUGAGGUGGAGGAAGGUGACGUCAUUAGGAUCGGUGCUUCAACAAGGCUCUAUAGACUGCAUUGGAUUCCCCUUAGCCACGCAUAUGAUCUCGACAAUCCGUUUGUUUCAUCUACACUGAUGGAGCAAGACCAAGAAGAUAAUCGAAUUUUUGAAGCAGAGUCACAAGCGGAUACUGCGUCAGGUGAUGAUGGAGAUGGACAUCUGGAUGUGACUUCUCAAGUCCUUAGUGAGGACGAGGAGGAUACAUAUAUUGAUACAAGGGCUAGAGAUUCUUCUGUCGAUACACAAAAGCUACAAUCUGAUGAAGAUUCUCAGUCUUUAGCGCGAUGUGUUGUAGAAGCCGCACCAGAAAAGCCAAGUAAGCAGCACAGUUUGGAGGAUGAUGAAUGGUAUGUCAGAGGAGAUGGAGGUCAUGUGAUGUCAGAGAUGGAGUCAUCAGAGGAUGUUCAGGUUUCACCCGAAGCCAAAUCAGAAAAUCCAAGCAAGGAACAGAGACCAGAUGUUCACUGCAUGAGCAGCAAAUCAAAGGUGAAUCAUGAGCCGGUGGCACCAAAGAAGAAAUCUGAAAACUCCUCCUCCCAAAGCCAAUCAUACAUCGAUGCAUCUUCUACUGCAUCAGCAAGAAACAACAUAUCUUCUUCUAAUGGAAAGAACAAGAUGAAGUGGACCAUUGUCUUGGACACUUCUUCUCUCCUCCACAAAGAGUCUAGGAAGCCACUGCACUUGCUGCAAGGUCUCAAAGGGACACAUCUGGUCGUACCACGAAUAGUGUUAAGGGAACUAAAUGAGACUAAGCGCACUUGGAAUCUUCUCUUAAGAAGAAGAGCAGAGAUUGCUUCCUCAGCCCUGGAUUGGAUCGAAGAGUGUAAGGUUAAUACCAAAUGGUGGAUUCAGCUCCAAAGCCUAUCAGAGGAAACCAAAGCAACUGCUGCACCAACCCCACCAGUAACUCCUCAUUCAAAUGGCUCUACAUCAGACGAUCAAGUUCUCGAAUGUGCACUUCUUUACCGAAACCUUAACAUUUAUGAAAACCUCGUUCUUCUUAGCAAUGAUGUAACUCUCAAGAUUAAAGCCAUGGCAGAGCAUGUGAUUUGCGAGACACCGCAUGAGUUCUACGAGAGUCUGAAGAAUCCGUUGUCGGAAAGGUUUAUGUGGCCAGAGAGUUUGCCGAGAGGAAGGACUUGGAGUCAUUUUGACCACGUCGUGGUGAGAGAAAAGUACAACAACCGAACUUGUUUCCCUUACAGGAAGAAGCCAACGCUCAAUGGUGGACGAGAAGAGAGUGCUGCAGCAGCAGCAAAAGGUUUGAAGCUCAUAUUGCUCCUUAACUCUCAUUAUGGCCACAUUCAUUAAUGAUUCAACAUCCAUUGUUGUAAUUCCUUCUUUUCAAGUAAGCCAAAUAAAUUAAACACGCUUACACAUGGAAUACUUUUUUAGAAUAAUGACAUUUUCCAUAUAAUUAAUAUUUUUUUUUUGUUGUGGAA